GUCAACUGCGGAACACAGUCUCAAGAAGAUGGCUACUGUCGAAGGGGAGUUCAUUUUCGAUGCCGUUGGCGGCUUUUUAACUUCACCAAUAUGGAAUUAUCCAGUGCGUACUUUCAUAGAACAAAAUUCGCUUGUAUUUGAUCCUGACGGCGAAAACCACGAAGCAUAUCAGGAAAUACACAAAAAGUACAAGGAAAUGGUGGACACUUUGUUAUCAAGCUUUAUAAAAGAUGUAGGAAUAUCAGAAGAACAGUUCAUGAAAGCUUGUCAGGAAGGAAGAAGCAGUCCACAGUUCAAUUCUAUAAACAGGGAUGUCUUUGAUCACAUGUGGGCUGCUGAAGACUAUGAGGUAUUCAAGCGACUGAUGAUUCAGAAAAAUAUUGAGCUUCAACUACAGGCUCUGCAGCUUCUCCAGCAAGUUCAUAAUGUCCAAAUGCCCAUGCCAAUACCUAUGCAAAAUCAAAUACCGAUGCCUGUUUCUGUGGCUCCACCCAAGUCAGUUCCUAUGGCUCCAUCCAGUUCUGUUCCUCCACCUCCAGGUGCAGAUGAAGAUGCUAUCAUGCAGGAGGUUUUGAGGAGAUCUAAGGAAGAGUUUGAGUCUAAACAAAAAGAUGCCAAGGCUAAAACAGAACAAGAAUUUGAAAGGACUUUGGCAGAAUCUACAGAAGAAAGUAAAAGGCUAACCGAAAUAGCCAAAAGAGAGCAAGAUGAGCUAGAAAAAGCACUUCAGAUAUCAUUGGAGGCACAAAAGAUGCAGACAGCCGAGGUGGAGAAAUUGCGGGACGAAGUGAAAAAAUCAACAUCAAAAGGUUCUCCUCAGCCCACCUCUGCUGAGGCCAAACCUGCUCCCAAGCCCUCCCCUGCAGAAAGUAAAGCGGCGACUAAAGCCCCUCCUGCUGCGAGUAAGACAGCACCUAAACCCUCCCCUGUGAAAUCUAAGUCCCCCACUCAGCCUAAAAGUCAGGCUUCUGGGUUACCGCCCCUGUCAGUAAAGACAAAGAAAGCAGAUACACCAGUUAAUGCAGCAGAAGGAUGGUUAAAAAGCGCCAAGGAGGACGCUGCUAACAAUGCCAGUGUCACGCCAACGCAGUCAAAGGAGGUAAGCGAAGAGGAGAUGAAAAGACGAGCUGCCUAUCUUAAACAACAGCGAGACAAGCUCAUGGACCUGAAGAGGCAAGAACGCGAGAAAAACUUGACGAAGUACACCGAACAACAGCCGAAGGCCCGGCCGACAUCUUCCCGAGCAGCACGUCAGGUCACAGCAGGAGAGCAGGUCCCUUCACCGGCUGCAAAGAGCGACAAAGAUGGAGAAAAGAAACUAGCGAUGCGGCGAGCUCUUGCGGACGUUUUGAAGCGAGAAGUCGUCGAUAAAAAUUAAUUACUGGCAAAUUAACUGUUGGUUCCAGUCGGGGCUGGUCAAUGUGAAGGUUACUGUUAAUGGAAAGUUAGUUAAAGUUAACUAAUUGUUAUGCACACUACGUCAGGCGGAAAAAUUCACUUAAGGCAUAUUCUUUUUAAGUGCACGAACAGCGAAUUCUCUUUUUCGACCAAGCAGAUAGCGAGUAUGGCCUCCAAGGUGGCACUGAAAUUUGCGGAUAAAACUUUUGGGUACUCAAGUGAUCACGACGGUGAAUAAUGUCGCUGUAGGAGUGUCCUGCUAGUUGUACUCCCGCCGGGCACAACAUUUGAGAUCAGUGCUAAGUUACUUUAGAAGCGUGCGAUGGUGAUAAUGAUAAAUUAGCCCACGUAGUUUCUCUGUUCUGUUUAAAGUAAGCUAAAUUUGGGUGAUUUCCUGUUCGUUUUUCCGCGAAAGAAGGUUGGAAAUGUUACCAAAUUUUGUCCGCAAAUGACAGUUUGGAAAUAUCAUAAAGUUUUUCUUUUGUUUUGUCACUUUCUUGUCGUUGGUGCUGUCGUUUUUUGCUAAAAUGACGUUGAGAUCCACAUUCGAAGUGACUAAAUCGUUAGAAAAACGUCCAUUCUUCAUUGCUACUGUAUUUUACCACCAUGUAAUCUCGACUUAUGUCACGAUGUGUUUCUUGUACGAUCCUUGGGUAAGGACCGUGGGGAAAUAUAUUUUGAGUUGGGAGACAUUUUAAAGCUACAGCAAGCUUUGUUUUGUAUUGUUGAUGUCUUCAAUUUCACAGGCAGGAAAUUUUUUUCAAGAAAACUUCUUGCGAGAGUUUUUUCUUGGGCUAAAGUUAAUAUAAGAAGUUCAAUGCAAUAAUUUAUUUCUAUGGUUAUUCGGCAUACUUCACAAUUUUUCCCCUUCUGUUUUAUUUUCUUAUCGUUUUAGGCAAAAUUUCUGUUAAUCCUGUUGUUGUGAUCUAAAAUACACUUUUUUCCAGAUCAGAAUCGCUAAAUAUGAAAUAGAGAGUCCCUAUGUUCGCAAUGAUGCUACUGAAAGGAAUAUCCUCUCCCUUAAAUUUUGUUACUACAGUAGUAUGUGAGCAGAUCAAUUCAGACUCAUAAUUACAAUAAUCCCAGCUAGAAACUGACAGAGUCAAAAAUCCUUCUCAUGUUCGAAAAAUCAUCUAAAGAAUUUCAUGUCGUAAAGUGGAUUUUUCAGAACUUAUUUAAGACUUAAAAAAUGUUUGAAAAUGAAUAAAGUGCGUGGAGAAGUCUUAAAA